UGCCGCUGGCUGCCGAGCCCUUUCCAGCUGAGAGCUGCUCCUUCCUCCCCCGGCCGCUCCUUCCGCCUGCAUCCUGCGCCGGGCGCGGGGAAUGGCCAGACUCACCGAGGGCGAGGCGAGGAGGCAGCAACAGCAGCAGCUCCUGCCGCUCAGAGCCUCCCCCAUGAGCAGCAGCAGCAGCAGCUCGGAGCCUCCCGCGCAGCCGGACAGCAUGAAGGACCUGGAUGCCAUCAAGCUGUUCGUGGGGCAGAUCCCUCGCAAUCUGGAGGAGAAGGACCUCAAGCCCCUCUUCGAGCAAUUCGGCAAGAUCUAUGAGCUAACCGUGCUCAAGGAUCGCUACACCGGCAUGCACAAGGGUUGUGCAUUUCUCACGUAUUGUGCCAGGGAUUCUGCCAUCAAAGCCCAGACUGCGCUACAUGAACAGAAGACUUUGCCAGGGAUGGCCCGUCCAAUCCAGGUGAAGCCAGCGGACAGCGAGAGCCGUGGAGGUAGGGACAGGAAGCUGUUUGUGGGGAUGUUAAAUAAGCAGCAGUCAGAGGAUGAUGUGCUCCGGCUCUUUGAACCCUUUGGGGUCAUUGAUGAAUGUACCGUGCUUCGGGGACCUGAUGGCAACAGUAAAGGCUGUGCCUUUGUAAAGUUCUCGUCUCACACAGAGGCCCAGGCAGCAAUCCAUGCACUGCACGGCAGCCAGACAAUGCCUGGUGCCUCCUCCAGUCUAGUCGUGAAGUUUGCUGACACUGAUAAGGAGAGGACUCUACGUCGGAUGCAGCAAAUGGUGGGGCAGCUGGGGAUUUUCACUCCAUCUCUCGCCUUGCCGUUCAGCCCGUACAGCGCAUAUGCGCAGGCUCUGAUGCAGCAGCAGACAACAGUUCUCUCCACUUCUCAUGGCAGCUACCUGAGCCCAGGUGUCACCUUUUCCCCAUGUCAUAUCCAGCAGAUUGGCGCAGUCAGUCUAAAUGGGCUACCAGCCACUCCUAUUGCACCUACUUCAGGGUUACACUCGCCUCCUCUCCUGGGCACAGCUGCAGUCCCAGGACUGGUUGCGCCAAUUACAAACGGGUUCACCGGAGUGGUGCCUUUCCCGAGUGGUCAUCCCACCUUGGAGACAGUUUAUGCCAACGGCCUCGUGCCCUACCCAGCUCAGAGCCCCUCAGUGUCAGAGACCUUGCACCCAGCCUUUACCGGAGUUCAGCAGUAUGCAGCCAUGUAUCCGGCCACGACCAUCACCCCGAUAGCCCAGACCAUUCCCCAGCCUCCUCCCAUUCUGCAGCAGCAGCAGCGAGAAGGUCCUGAAGGCUGCAAUCUCUUCAUCUACCACCUCCCUCAGGAGUUUGGGGACAACGAGCUGAUGCAAAUGUUCCUGCCUUUUGGCAACAUUAUCUCCUCCAAGGUGUUCAUGGACCGAGCCACCAACCAGAGCAAGUGCUUUGGUUUUGUGAGCUUUGACAACCCCUCCAGUGCCCAGACUGCCAUCCAAGCCAUGAACGGCUUCCAGGUCGGAAUGAAGAGGUUGAAGGUUCAGUUAAAACGGCCUAAGGACGCCAGCCACCCCUACUGACAUUAUGUCCAACCAGGAUUCGGUGCUGCAGCACAGGUAAAGUAUCAGACCCCCUAGCUCCUGCUCCCACACAGGGCCACCUCAACUGCUGCCCUGCCACUGAUCAUCUGCUGAAAGCGCUUUGCUAAAAGGAGGUUACGCAGCCUCAGCUGUUCCGCCAACCUGACUGCCUUUCUGUAGAGUGAGGGUUUAAUACUGAGAAAUUGUGCAUGUGACAGGGGCUUAGACUCUGGCACAGUCUCCCAAGGUAAGUGAGGGAAGCCAUAACACUUGGCUCAUUUAAAAAUGGAUUUGAGCAUUUGCUGAUGGGAAGGAUCCAGAAUUGGUCAGAGAGUACAGAAAACAUGGGACCAACAGUAGCUCUGUCCUACAGCCAGAGACACAAAGAGCUUCUAUCUCCUUUCUGUGGACACAGGGCCAAUACAGUGGGUUAGUACCCAGCCGCCAGGAUGAAGCAUCAUUUCUGCAGUUUGCUUUGGAUCCGAUUUGGGGUUCUGGAGUAGUAGCUUGUUUUUCUCUUUUGGCAUCCUAGGAUGGAGGGAGCAGGGCUGGCUUUACCAUGAAGCGAACUGAGG